CGGCGGAAGGCGCUGGGGCUCGGGGGCUCCCUGGCCAUGGAGAGGAGAGCUGGACCCGGGGGCGCCCAGAACUCGGCCCCGUCUCUUUGGACCUCCGAGUAGACACCCCUGAAUGAGCCGACACUGAGCGGGGGAGGGAAAGUGACAGCGUAUCAUGCAUGCCACUAAUUCCAGGGGACGCUCCCCUGCUUUCCUGCAACCUCAGAAUGGAAAUGGCCAUCGCUCCUCCGGCUAUGUUCCAGGGAAGAUUGUCCCACUGCGUCCCCCUCCUCCUCCAAAGAGCCAAGCUUCAGCCAAAUGUCCCUCCGUCAGACAGGAGGCCCGGGCCAGCUUUGCUUUCUCACCUGAAGAGCAGCAAGCCCAGGGAGGAAGCCAAAAGCAGAAGAGGCACAAAAAUACUUUCAUUUGCUUUGCUGUCACUAGUUUCUCAUUUUUUGUUGCACUUGCAGUCAUUUUAGGAAUAUCCUCAAAAUACGCUCCAGAUGAGAAUUGCCCAGAUCAAAACCCUCGUCUUAGGAACUGGGAUCCCGGACAAGAUUCUGCAAAGCAAGUUGUUAUCAAGGAGGGAGAUAUGUUCCGUCUGACCUCAGAUGCCACAGUGAAUUCUAUAGUCAUUCAGGAUGGAGGGCUGCUUGUAUUUGGGGACCAUAAAGAUGGAUCCAGAAAUAUUACUUUGAGGACUCGUUACAUCCUGAUCAAGGAUGGUGGGGCGCUUCAUAUUGGAGCAGAAAAAUGCCGCUAUACAUCCAAAGCGACAAUUGCCUUGUAUGGCAAGUCCGAUGAAGGUGAAAGUAUGCCAACAUUUGGCAAAAAAUUUAUUGGUGUGGAAGCCGGCGGGACACUGGAGUUACACGGGGCACAGAAGGCGACGUGGACGUUGCUGGCGAGAACUCUGCACGCCUCGGGCCUGACCUACGGCGCCUAUGCCUUUGAGAAGAACUUUUCCAGGGGCCUCAAUGUGAGGGUCAUUGACCAAGACACAGCCAAGAUUUUAGAAAGCGACAGGUUUGAUACCCACGAAUACCACAACGAGAGCAGGCGUCUGCAGGAGUUUCUGAGGGUCCAGGAUCCAGGACGGAUUGUUGCUAUAGCUGUUGGAGAUUCAGCAGCCAAGAGCCUCUUACAGGGAACCAUACAAAUGAUCCAGGAUCGGUUGGGAAGCAAGCUGAUCCAAGGACUGGGCUACAGGCAAGCUUGGGCUUUGGUUGGUGUCAUCAACGGUGGCAGCACUUCUUGCAAUGAAUCUGUGAGGAACUAUGAAAACCACAGCAGUGGAGGGAAGGCCCUUGCCCAGAGGGAAUUUUAUACUGUGGACGGUCAGAAGUUUGCCGUGACAGCUUAUAGCGAAUGGAUUGAAGGUGUCUCUCUUUCAGGUUUCCGGGUGGAAGUCGUGGAUGGCGUGAAGCUUCAUCUGCUUGAUGACGUCAGUAGCUGGAAACCCGGAGAGCAGAUCGUGGUGGCAAGCACCGACUACUCCAUGUACCAGGCCGAGGAGUUCACGCUGCUCCCCUGUCCCGAGUGCAGCCGUUUCCAGGUCAAAGUCAAAGAAACCCCACAGUUCCUGCACAUGGGUGAGAUCAUAGAUGGUGUAGACAUGAGAGCCGAGGUUGGAAUUCUCACCCGGAAUGUUGCAAUCCAAGGAGAAAUGGAAGAUGCGUGCUACGGUGAAAACCAGUGCCAGUUCUUUGAUUAUGAUACCUUUGGGGGACAUGUCACGAUAAGGAAGAAUUUCACUUCCGUCCAUCUUUCUUAUGUGGAAUUGAAACACAUGGGCCAGCAGCGGGAGCUGGGGCGGUACCCUGUUCAUUUCCACCUGUGCGGGGACGUGGACCACAGGGGCGGUUACAGACACAGGACAUCUGUGGACGGACUGUCCAUUCAUCACAGCUUCUCCCGGUGCAUCACUGUGCAUGGAACCGACGGCCUGCUGAUAAAAGACACCAUCGGGUUUGACACACUGGGCCACUGUUUUUUCUUGGAAGAUGGUGUUGAACAGAGAAACACUUUGUUCCACAACCUGGGACUCCUCACCAAGCCUGGCACCCUCCUUCCCACAGACAGGAACAACUCCAUGUGCACCGCAAUGCGAGAAAAAGUGUUUGGGAACUACGUCCCUGUGCCCACCACGGACUGUAUGGCUGUUUCAACUUUCUGGAUUGCUCAUCCCAACAACAAUCUGAUUAAUAAUGCGGCUGCUGGCUCACAGGAUGCUGGAAUAUGGUAUUUAUUUCACAAGGAACCUACUGGGGAAUCCAGUGGAGUGCAGCUGUUAACGAAACCAGAACUUACUCCGUUGGGUGUAUUUUAUAACAACAGGGUCCAUUCAAGUUUUAAGGCUGGCUUAUUUAUUGACAAAGGUGUCAAAACAACCAUUGCUAGCGCUGCUGACCCCCGGGAAUACCUCUGUUUGGAUAACAAUGCAAGGUUUCGGCCUCAUCAGGAUGGUGACCCUGAAAAGCCACGAGUUGCUGCUGUAAUUGACAGGCUCAUUGCUUUUAAAAAUAAUGACCAUGGAGCUUGGGUCAGAGGGGGAGACAUUGUCGUCCAGAAUUCAGCAUUUGCAGAUAAUGGAAUAGGACUAACCUUUGCCAGUGAUGGAAGCUUUCCAAGCGACGAAGGUUCUAGCCAGGAGGUGUCUGAAUCUCUCUUUGUUGGAGAAAGUAGGAAUUACGGCUUUCAGGGUGGUCAGAACAAGUAUGUAGGCAUGGGAGGAAUAGACCAGAAGCCCCGGACAUUACCCAGGAAUAGGACGUUCCCGAUCAGAGGCUUCCAGAUCUAUGACGGGCCCAUUCACCUCACCAGGUGCACUUUCAAAAAAUAUGUGCCAACCGCAGACAGGUAUACCAGUGCUAUUGGCUUCCUCAUGAAGAAUUCCUGGCAGAUAACCCCCAGAAAUAACCUGUCCCUCGUGAAGUUUGGUCCACAUGUCUCUCUGAAUGUCUUCUUUGGGAAGCCUGGCCCCUGGUUUGAAGACUGUGAGCUGGAUGGUGACAAGAACUCCAUAUUCCACGACAUCGAUGGCUCUGUGACAGGAUACAAGGAUGCGUACGUGGGGAGAAUUGACAACUACCUGAUCCGCCAUCCUAGCUGUGUGAACGUGACCCAGUGGAACGCGGUGAUCUGCAGCGGGAGCUACGCCCAGGUCUAUGUGCAAACGUGGAGCACUCAGAAUCUGACAAUGACCAUCACACGAGAUGAGUACCCAUCCUACCCGAUGGUGCUUCGGGGCAUUAACCAGAAGGCUGCCUUUCCCCAGUACCAGCCGGUGAUCAUGCUGGAGAAGGGCUAUUCCAUCCACUGGAACGGGCCAGUGCCGAAGACUGUAUUUCUAUACCUCAUAAAUUUCAACAAGGAUGACUGGAUUCGAGUUGGCCUCUGCUAUCCAUCAAAUGCAAUUUUUCAGAUUACUUUUGGCUUUUUACAGCGGCAUAAUGGCUCGUUAUCCAAAAUGGAAGAUUAUGAGCCUGUGAAUUCACUGGAAGAAUUGCAGAGGAAGCCGUAUGAGAGGAAAUUCUAUUUUGACUCCGGCACGGGGUUGCUGUUUCUGUAUCUGAAAGCCCAGGGCCAGAGGGAUGGCCACAGUUACUGCUCAUCUCAGGGAUGCGAAAGAGUCAGGAUCCAGGCGGCAACAGACUCAAAAGAUACCAGUAACUGCAUGGCGAAAGCGUAUCCCAAGUAUUACAGGAAGCCGUCCGCCCUCAAGCGGAUGCCAGCCAUGCUCACCAAACCCUGCCAAGGCUGCGGGACCCGCCAGGUGGUGUUUACUAGUGAUCCUCAUAAAAGCUACCUCCCCGUGCAAUUCCAGUCACCCAGUAAGGUGGAGACUCAGCGCGGAGACCCGUCUGUCAUCUCUGUCAAUGGCACCGACUUCCCCUUCCGAAGUGCAGGUGUCCUUCUCCUCAUUGUGGAUGCCUGCAGCGUUCCCUUCCGGGUGAUGGAAAAGAAGUUUUUCCCUCUUGCUGAUGUCAGCCUCGUGGGGGUGUAUUUAAAAACAGGCAUCCCUCCAAGGUCCAUUGUUCUAUUGAGCACAAGAGGAGAAAUAAAGCAGUUGAAUAUUUCAGAUUCAUUAAUACCUCUGGGAUUAGCCAAACCAGCUCAUCUUUCCAACAAAGGGAGCACCAUAUUUUUGGGAUUCAGUGGAAACUCUAAACCAUCAUGGACUAAGCUAUUUACCAGUCCUGCCGGCCAGGGCCUUGGGCUGCUGGAACAGUUCGUCCCUUUGCAGCUGGAGGAAUAUGGCUGUCCCAGGAUCGGCGCUGUCCGCAGGAGAGACCUGGAGCUGUUAAAGCAAACUUCAAAAGCACAUUAGGGAUUAACUGUAACUUAAGUGCUGGGGGAGAAAAAUGUGAACUAACUUAUUUAAUUUAUGGCAUUUUAAAAUGACACUGUUAACCCAACGGAACCAUUUUCCUGUUUGAUACAGAGAGGGGAGAAAAGAAAAGAGUUUAACGUGAUUGCUUGAAUACCAGCUCAUGCACCUUGUAGUUGUACAGAAUGUUAAGAAUUUAUUUGUAUUUGUUAGGCUGGUAUACGUAGAGAGCAGUUCUCUUACUCCUCACCUUCCACCCCUGUGUUUUGUAGUGACCGUAGGCAGUGCUUCCUUUACCUGUCACAUGAUGGGAUGUCAUAGGGGCAGGGUGGGGUCGGGUGCGGUGAGGGCUUCUGAGAAUCAGCCCGAGUCCCCGAGAGGACUGGCUCUUGUAGCACCUUGGAUACUUGAAGUCUAAUGCUGAGUUGUGUCAUUGACUUUGGGUCAGCAGCUGACAUGUGUGGCUGGCAUGUUCAGUGAUGCCUUGGGCCCUGGUUCUGGGCAGCCUUUGAGGAUUUUCUAUGAUACUGAAUGAUAGAACUUUCAGUGGCAACUCAGGCCCAGCUCAUGCCCAUUUUUUUGCCUGGACAUGUGCUAUUUUUACUCAGUUGUGUCUCAAUUCUUUCUAAGGGUUCAACUUCCCGACAGGAAGUAGUACAUUGGGACAGUAGUAGUACAGUAGUACAAAGGG